AUGGAUUUCGACGGCUUGGAUAUGAGCACGACUUUGGGCCCUGUCUACUGGGGCACUGUCAUUUCGUUGGUGCUUGGGGGAAUCACCGUUCUCCAAGCUUACACAUAUUUCCCUCACCCCUCAGACCGUCCCUUUAUCCAAGUAACUGCGGCUUCCAUGGUAAUCUUUGAUUUUGUGUCAUCCGCCCUCGUCGUUCAAUCGGUGUAUUACUACUUGGUGCCGCAUUUCGGUUCUCUGGCACCGCUGGCCAGUAUAACACCAGAGCUCUCCGCAGAAUGCCUGCUUUCUUCAAUCAUCACCUUCAUUUCUCAAUUCUACUUCGUUGCUCAAAUCUAUGCUGGCAAGACGGGUCGCGGAAGUUGGAUGGUCCCCGUUUUUGUGGCUGUAUGUGCAAUCCUUGCACUUGUCUUCGGUGUCGAGUUAGCGUGCACCAGUGUUAUGUUUGUUUUCCACCACAACGUACUGGGAGACCGCCACCGUCAUUUCGAGCUAUUCUUUGGGUUAGCCAAGGGGUUCGGGGCUCUCACAGACAUCGUUGCUACCGUAGCAAUGUGCAAGUUGCUCUCCAACGCUGGGACUGGCAUGAGCUCAACUCAUAGUCUCCUUAAAUCUCUGAUUCGUUUUGUUGUUCAUCGUGGCGUCCUUGUGACUUUGAUUCAGACGCUCUUACUGAUAACGUUCUACGCUGCCCCAGCAAACUUGGCCUGGAUGGCGUUCCAUGUCAAUGUUACGAAACUCUACGCGAAUACUUUCUUUGCUAUGCUAAAUUCGCGGGAACAACUCAAAGACCGCAUUGGCGUAAGCACGACGAGUUUCACCAACCUCUCACAAGGUCGCCUGCCCACCAAGCAGACAGUCAUGAGCGCCAAACAGAUUGACGCAGAGUCGCAGGAUCGAGAUUAUGAUGGUGGUGCCUACCAUAUGCACUCCAUGCCUACAGUUACCCAGACGUUGUCGCUGUACCAAGGAUUCAUCAUACCCACCCCUCCAGUUAGCAACAUGGCCACUGGCAUAAAAGCCCUCUACGGUACUUCGCAAUCCCCAAUCACUGCCAACGAUACUCCUCAGGAGGGAGAAAGGAAUGUCCUGGUCGAGACGGAGACAGCCCGAGAGGAGUGGAAUGUACGCACAGGCGUGCACGAGCACGGCGGAGCUGCCGUCGUCCACCCUAUAUAG